AUGGCCAAUGCUGUCACUGCGAUCAUCAACCCCGUCCACACGGAACCCGCCGUCCCCGAAACGCUUCUCUUUGAGAUUGGGGCCGUCAACCAGCUGACCGUCUCUUACCACCCGCUGGACACGGCCCGCCCCGCCGUCCCAUACACCGACAACGGGACCACUGCGGGCAAUGCCACCAAGCCAAACUCCCUCGCCUCGGCGGCUGUCGGGGGUGUGAUCAACGUUUUUGGACUUACAGACGUCGCCGGCCAGCCGGCUGAUAAACCACGGAAAUACAACAUCUCCCGUCUGAGCCCAAUCGCGAAUCCGCUGCGGCCAAAUUACGGCCUCACAACCAUCCACCCGACCAUAUCCGCUGUUUCGGACGGAGCGACCGUGUGGCUCUACUACCUGGAGCAGGAGGUGGAAGGCGAGGAUCCAGUCCUCUACGAGGUCACGUUGGCCCGCGGCUCCAAGCCCAACGUCAACUCGCGCGAGACGCCCGUGUCCGCCGGCAGCAAGCUCGCGGCCUUUUACGACGCCGACAAGCACCGGCGCGUGGUUUUUAACCAGCAUAUCCCCAAAUCGGGAGAAGCUACAUAUUUGCAGAUGGUCACGAUUGAGCAAAAUGGUAGCACAAGCUCAACCAAAAUCUCAGCGUCCGGCGUCGCGCAGGCGGGAUCCCCUCUGGUGGUGACCACCGUUGCGGGAAAGAGCGGCGCUGCGCGCGACAUUUACCUGUACAUGACCAACAGCAACCAGCAGCUGUACCGGAUACGCCAGACGGGCGGCGACUGGCAGUCCCCUGAGCUGAUCAAGACGACCGAGAACAGCAUCGUGUUGAAGGGGUCGCAGCUGGUCGCGGUUGCUGACGCGGCCCAUAACCACGUCUUCUUCAUUGAGAAGGAAAACCAGGACAAUGGCUAUGUGAACCACCGGGAUCCACUCGUCCAGUAG